GUUAAUGAAAGAAAUGGUUAUGCCCAAGAAGAUACACCAAAAGCAGAAAUUCCAGCAGUGGUUGGUGUCUCGAGCGAUGGUAUAGCAGAAACUAGGAUGUUAGAACCUGACGUAAAACCAAGAAAUCGCAUCAACGAAAAUACAAAACAUUUUAUUGACAUUAACUCAUUGUUUAUUCAAGACUUUAAGCAUUCUAUACUGCAAGUAUCUGAAGGUCCAUAUGAUGAAAGAAUAAUAUCAGUUCUUCCAACUUCUCAUUUUGAGUUUCCUAAUGGCUAUAAUCAACAAGCAACCACUUCAGUAUCCAAUUUAGAAAGUUUAGAAAUUUUAGAUACAUGGUUUACUCCAUCAAUACAUGCGGCUACUGGUAUUGUGGUAGACAGCGGAGCAACACACACUUCUGCAAUCCCUGUACAUGAUGGUUAUGUAAUACCUAAUGCUAUUGUCAAAUCUCCAUUAGGUGGAGACUUCAUUAGUAUGCAAUGUAGACAGUUCCUAAAAGAGAAUGAAAUUGAAGUGAUUCCACAUUAUAUGGUAGCAAAAAAAGAACAAGUAAAAGAAAAAGAAAAGCCAGUAUGGACAAAGAAAAAUUCACUUCCCAAAGUAACAACUUCUUGGUAUAAUUAUAUGUGUAAAGCAGUUAUUCAAGACUUUAAGCAUUCUAUACUGCAAGUAUCUGAAGGUCCAUAUGAUGAAAGAAUAAUAUCAGUUCUUCCAACUUCUCAUUUUGAGUUUCCUAAUGGCUAUAAUCAAGAAUUUGGCAAUGAAAGAUUCAAAAUACCAGAAGCUUUAUUUGAUCCGAGUGCUAGUAUGGGUGGUUCCAUGUUGGGUAUGAGUCAGAUUGUUACCACAAGUGUUGGAAUGUGUGAUGUGGAUGUAAGGCCAGCCUUAUACAACAAUGGUAUUGUCACUGGGGGAAAUUCAUUUUUACAAGGCUUCCCAGAAAGAUUAAACAGAGAUCUCUCUGUUCGCAUACCAGCUAGUAUGAGAUUAAAAUUGAUUGCACCUAAUGGAUCCACUGAAAGAAGAUUUGGUGCCUGGAUUGGUGGUUCAAUAUUAGCAUCAAUUGGAACUUUCCAACAAAUGUGGAUUAGUCAUCAAGAAUUUAAAGAAGGUGGUAAAAGUCAAAUUGAUCACAAGUGCCCAUAGUAAAUUAUUACUUAUUAUUUUAUUCAAUACAAUUUGUAUACAUUCACUUACUUUUCAUACACACUGUAGUAUGUAUUUUAUACUUUUUUUUUAUUUAUAA